AUGACCGCCUCAGGUCUAAUCCCCUCAUCCUUCCUUCCUCCCCUUCCUCGCUCACAAUAUACCCUAUCGCCCCUCCACCCUGCCGACAUCCUCGCGCGUAUAUCGAUCCUCAAAGAGUUGUACUUACCACCCAUACAUGGAGGAUUCACAUCGACCGAUGUAUUUGAGGAUGAAGAGCCCGAGGAGAAAGUCGUAAGGAGUCAAAAGAGGGAGCGCAGGUUUUCUGCCGGACUUGUGGAGACCAUGGAAAGUAUUGGGUUGGGACUUGACGUACCCAUCGAGGGUACUGGAAAUGGACUGGAAGUACUCGAGGAAGAGAUCACCUCAGAGGAGGAAGAGAUCAUCGAAGAGGAGCAAGGGGACGUGGACAGCCAAGAACACUUGGAUCCUUUCGAAAGAGAGUGGGCGGAGAAAUGGCUAGGAGGCGUUAUGAGACGAUCUCAGGGCUGGUUAGAGGAGAAUGAAGGCGGGCAGAUAGAAGAGGUCAAAGAGGUGGAAAUGAUCUUGAGGGACGCUACGGCUGUGCUGGCUAUGAUGGCUGGAACAAGUGCCGCUGGGUCCCUCACCAGACAUCUAGUGUUCCCCCUUCACCCCUCUCUCGCUCCAGCUCUCUCAUCCUUACAUUCACGUACGACCCCCAACCCAAACCUGAGUCCCGAAACGAACAUGUUCCUCUCAUCGCUCUCUACCUCACCUACAUCUCCUAAAAACCUAUUCCAUCGUCAGAUCAUUGCGUCUUCGCCCACUGCUACUUUCCCAGUUCAAGAUGAUCUGAUCUCACCUACGUCUUCAACAUUCUCAAGUAUUACUUCAAACAAAACUCAGUCUACCUCCUCCACGCGGAAAAGUAAAAAGAGACACGCAAGUUUACCAAUCUUGCUCCAUGACGCUCCGAUGUCAGACCAUCUGUCAGUCGGUGUACAGACAUGGGGAUCGGCCAUAUUGCUAGGUAGGAAAUUAGCGUUGAAUCCAGCAGAGUAUGGUUUAUUCUUGCCUCCUUCUGAGGGAAAUAAGGGUAUAAGGGUAUUAGAAUUAGGUGCAGGUACAGGACUAUUAUCAAUCUUGUGUCGGAAACUCCUCGAUCUGCAGAGCAUACAAGAUGGUUCACCAAGAGGAUUGGUGGUAGCUACCGAUUUCUUAGAUACCGUGCUGGAUAAUCUAAAGAUCUGUGUUGAUUUGAAUUUCCCUCCUGAGAUAAAGCAAAUACCGGGUUCACCAGAUGUGAAUUUAAAGAACACUACGGAUGUAGGUGUAGAUGAAGGUAUACAUAUAGCUAAAUUGGAUUGGACGACGUUUCCCACUUUUAUGGAAAAUAGCGAUUCACAAGAAGAAAAAGAAGGUCAAGAGGAGAUGUCAAGGUUCAUUACUAAAGGGGAUCAAGGGAGAGAAGGGUUUGAUUUGGUUUUGGCGAGUGAUUGCGUGUAUGAUGAGACUCAUGCGAAGCUUUUGAGAUUGGUGGCUGGUUGGACAUUGAAAUUACCCGAUGAGAAUGGAGAGAACGGUGGAACUUUCCAUAUCCUCUCACCACUUCGACCCACGUUCGCUCCUGAACUAGCAUCUAUCGAUACGCAUUUCCCACCCCUCUCAACUUACUCACCCUUAUUACAGCGUCAACAAGCUGCUGCUGUGGCCGAUGACCAUUCUCAGAUAAACAUCGAGCUACGAGGAGAGGGUCUGGGAUUGAAGAGGGGAUUGAAACUGGGUGUAAGAGGAGAAGGGAAGAAGGGGGUGAAAGGUAGAAAAGGGGAAGGAAGAGUGGAUGAAGAAGGUGGUUAUUGGUGGUGGGAAGUUGGAUGGGGAUAG